CACACCCCGGUGCGUGGCAAUCAUUUCAAUCAAUAAUUAUUACUACAAAUUCUACCAUAAGGAAGGCACGUAUUUCUUCCAAGCAAUUACGUGAGUUAUAGUUGAAUACGUACUACUUCGGAUAAUUACGUACCUAGGUAGUUUGUAGGUAACAUUUCCCGUUGUCCGUUGUUUCCAGUUUGUGGUCCUAUCGCACUUCAUUCUUCCAGUUUUACAUCAUGGCAACAAACGAAGCCACAAUUCUUCGGAACUAUCUUCUUCUCCCAGCCCGUUUGCCCACUAUUCUCUCCUUGCAAGAGUUCACCUCUCUAUUUCCAAAGUCGCAGCAAUCUUCGCCACAAAUUCGAACUCUGUAUAGAGACCUUCAACAGCAACGGAAUGUGGUAGUCGAUGGCGUAUCGCAGAACAUCGAUGCACAGAUUAGGCAGGGCAAAGCUCUACGCCGAGAGGUGAUCAAGGCUCGGAGAGAGGCGGAGCUAGAGGAACAAGAUGACGAAAUUGAUAUUGAGCGAAUGUUGUUUGGAUCUACUUCGAACACGAUUCAUCCCAAGCAACAUACUCUCUUGACCAUUCUACCCGAUAUGGACGAAGCCAUCACAGAUAUGGAACGCGAGAUACAAGCCAUAGAACAGGAAGAAGCUGCACUUCUUGAGUCUAUCAAACAAGCCGUCGGUAACAUGAGCGACCUUCGGUACGGCCGAUUUGCCAACCCCAAAUUGAAGGAUGAGGUUCUUGAUGGCCUGCAACGACUUCAAGACACAUGUGAACGAAAAGCGUAAUCGACGACAUCAAAUCAAUUCAUUAGGUCACUACCUAACUAUGUGACCGCCAUCUAAUUAUCCAAUACAUCAAGGAAGCUUUCCGAGUAACACCAAGAAUCCGAUAACUCGUCAUACAUAUUCCCAUAUGACCUAGCAAUAUCGUAGACGUCAACGUUAU